GGGGAUAGAGACAGACAGAGAGGUAGCAGCAGAUGGACCGCUGCACAAGCCUGCAACAUACUUACCAAGGACAUACUGUAUGUGUGACAGCGCUUGUAUGCAUGCAUACUGUCACAGAGGAGGAACUGUGUGUGUGAUCAUGGUUGUGAAUCAGUAUUUCAUGUCCUCUGGAAGUGGAUGCAAGGAGCAAUAGUUCUCGUGAGGGAAGGGGGGGAGGGACACAGACAAGUGAAGAGCGAACAGCUCUUCACACGGACUGCUUUCAGGGCAGGUGCGACACCAGCAAACCACUUUAGUAAGCCAAUCACCAAUGAACGUGACAGAAGAAUCUCCAUAAAUGCUACAGACUGAAGCGGGACAUAUUCUGUAUUUGGUUGCAUCACUUUUUUUCUUUUUUUUUUGCCUGAGGGGACUACAGCAUCUUUAUUCAAGGUAGAGUAGUCUGGAUAGCUCUGGGAGUGCAGACAGAGGGAUCCUGUAUGGUGAAAAUGAGUCUGGACCCUGUGCAGGUGAUGAGCGGACAGGUCGCGGAACUCAAAGUUGCCCCUUCAUCCAACGGCGACAGUGGAGGAUCAUGGGAGGGGAAAAGAGAGUUUGACAAAGACCACCUAGGCCUCACUGCCAAGGCGAAGCCAGUGACAGGCAGACGAGCCCGGAAGGUGGAGGGAGGCGUGUACUUCCCAAAGCCAGAGAACGCAGUAACUAUAGCUGUUUCUUCUCGGGUCCUGUUCCGGACUGAGCGGGAGCAAAAGGUGUUUGAGCAGAAAGGCGUGGAGGAAUAUCUGAGAUACCAAAUUGAACAUGAGAACGAACCCUUUGCCCCUGGGCCCGCUUUCGCCUUUGUCAAGGCUCUGGAGGCGGUCAACGCUCGUCUGCGGGAGCUAUACCCACAAAGUGAAGAACUAUUUGACAUUGUUUUGGUGACAUAUAACCAUGCCCAUGUUGGAAUCCGGCUCAUCAACACCAUCAACCAUCACAACUUGUUCAUUGAGCGGUUUUGUAUGACGGGGGGAAGCAGUCCUAUUGGCUACCUGAAGGCCUGGCAAACCAACCUCUACCUGUCUGCUGAUGCUGACAAGGUCAGGGAGGCGCUGGCUGAAGGCAUCGCAGCAGCCACCAUGUUCAUGCCAGAGAAGAUGACAGAGGUAUCCGAGUCCCAGCUGAGAGUGGCAUUUGACGGUGACGCAGUCCUCUUCUCAGAUGAGUCGGAGCGCAUCUUCAAGGCACACGGGCUGGACAAGUUCUUUGAACAUGAGAAGGAAAAUGAGGACAGGCUACUGGAUCAUGGUCCCCUGAAGGGCUUCCUGGAGGCACUGGGGAAGCUCCAGAAAAAGUUUUACUCUAAAGGCCAGCGCCUGGACUGUCCUAUCCGCACCUACUUGGUCACAGCUCGUAGCGCAGCAAGUUCUGGGAUCCGGGCGCUCAAGACGCUUCGGGCCUGGGGGCUGGAGAUCGACGAGGCCUUGUUCCUUGCAGGAGCACCAAAGGGCCCUAUGCUGGAGAAGAUAAGGCCACACAUCUACUUUGAUGAUCAGAUGUUUCAUGUAGAGGGAGCAGCGGAGAUGGGUACCAUUGCUGCACAUGUUCCCUACGGCAUUGCACAGAAACAUAACACCAAACACAACACCAGUGCAGGGAAGUAGACAACAGGACUUUGGAUGUCAGUGGCACAGUAGAGGGAUGGGGAAAUAGGUUAGGACAAAGCAGAAAGUUGUUAAAGUAAAAAUCAGAUGAUGAACUUUUUCUAUUUUUAAGUGUAUGGAAAUACAUGUUUGCUUGAUCCACAGUCUCAACGUAGUGCUACAACUUUAGGAGUCAGAAAUCUGCAUAAAGGUCAAAAAGAGGUCUGGAACCUGAGAUGACCGACGUGUCCCAAACCACGCGUGUUUCAUUAAAUCUAGCUUUGGUGCUUGAUUACAAGUAUUUCUCUUACUAUUACUUGUCUUCAUAAAGAAGACACCUAAGUGAAAUGUUGGAUUGUUUAUAUAUAACACUGCACUGAAUGUUAAUAAAUGAGCUGUGAGCACAAUGCAGAGAUAUUAUAUUGUUAACAGUUACAGUGAUGUACUAUAGCAUGAAAGUCAUAAUUUAAAGUUGUAUCAAACGUUUUAUAGACUUUAUAAAAAAUGUAAAAAGGUUAGGGUGCAGCUGUACAAAAUGUGCCGUAAUUUACUGAAGAAUUCGAUGCCAUCUGUUCUCGUGUUAGUCCAAAAUAAAUACAGAAAGCCAUUUGGUGCCUUAA